UGCCCCCAGCAGAAAUAUAUAAAUUCAGCAACCGGUUUCUGUAGAGACGGAGAGAGCCGCUAUCGAUCUGAGAUUCAGUGCCCGGCUGGGAAACUGACCAAGGACCAGACUGCUACAAACUACCACACAACAGCCCAGCUCCGCUUCAAAGCAACACACUGAGCAGCGAAAUUGAGGUGGCGCAAGGAAGCUAACCCCCUCACUCCCUACUUACUUCUCCCUCUGCCUCUAGUCCGCAUUUGGACUUGUUGCAAGACCGAGCCCAUUAAGUGUCUGGCGUCAGCCUGUUGCUUGAGACCGACCAUUCCUCACGACAUGAGUCCUUGCCACUCCUGGACCCUAUUUGCCACAUUAAUAGCCUUGGUGCAAGACUCAAGCUGCCGGAAUUUGCCCAAUGCCACGCAUUUCGAACGCUUGCUCAAAAACUUCCACUCCAGAGCCAAGAGAUCCAUCUCCCAGAUUGACAGAGAUGAGAUUUUGCAGCUUCACAACCACCUGAGGGGAGAGGUCUAUCCUUCAUCCUCCAACAUGGAAUACAUGGAAUGGGAUUAUGAAUUGGAACGGUCUGCUGAGAGCUGGGCCCAGCAAUGCAUUUGGGACCACGGUCCUUCACAUUUGCUCAAGUCAAUAGGUCAGAACCUGGCAGUACACUGGGGAAGAUAUCGUUCUCCAGCUUCUCAUGUGCAAGCUUGGUAUGACGAAGUCAAAGAUUACACAUACCCGUAUGCGCAUGAAUGUAAUCCUUGGUGCCCUGAAAGGUGUUCUGGCGCAAUGUGCACCCACUACACACAACUGGUGUGGGCAACAACAAACAGAGUUGGCUGUGCUGUUAAUAUCUGUGGAAGAAUGAACGUAUGGGGAGAAAUUUGGGAGAAUGCUGUCUACUUAGUCUGCAAUUACUCACCAAAGGGUAAUUGGAUUGGAGAAGCUCCCUAUAGACAUGGUCGGCCGUGCUCAGAGUGCCCACCCAGCUAUGGCGGAGGCUGUAAAAAUAAUAUCUGCUACAAAGACAAUGGAGAGAGAAGACCACAGCAUGAACAAACCAAUGAAGUGGAGCCUCCCCAGAUUAAUACAGAUGCAUUAAACCCAUGGACAGUGCCAUAUUCCCAACCACAACCACAGCCAAAGGAGGAACCUAACAACAUGGAGUACAUGACUCAAGUCAUCAAGUGUGAAACUAAAAUGAGAGAUAGAUGCAAAGGAACAACAUGUAACAGGUAUUUGUGCCCAAAAUAUUGUGAAUCAUCCAAGGCUAAAGUGAUUGGAACGCUCUAUUACGAAACGCAAUCCAGUAUUUGUCGGGCUGCAAUUCACCAAGGGAUUAUCAGCAGUGAAGAAGGCGGGCUUGUGGAUAUCACUCGAAGAGGAAAAAUCCCAUUUUUCGUUAAAUCUUCUCGAAAUGGUAUUCAGUCUCUGAGCAAGUUUAAAUCAGCAAAUGGAUUUAGCGUAUCCAAAGUGACUACUCAAACAGUUGACUGUUAUACUACAGUGGCUCAACUGUGUCCAUUCAGAAAGCCAGCUACUCAUUGUCCCAGAAUUAACUGCCCACCAAACUGUUUGGAUGAGUUUCCCUUCUGGGCACGGGUCAUCGGUAACAAGAUUUAUUCUGACAGAUCCAGUAUCUGUCGAACAGCGGUACAUGCUGGUGUGAUUAAGAACCACAUUGGAGGACUUGUGGAUGUGAAACCAGUGGAAAAGAAGAACCGAUACACAGCAGCCUCCAAAAAUGGAAUUCAGUCAGAGAGUAUAAAAAAUCCUCCUGAUGGGAAGGCUUUCAGAAUAUUUGCUGUGGCAUGAGUUAAAAAUCAAUUGUGAGAGAACUCUUCUGGGUUUGCUUAACUGAUUUCCGAGGACAGAAAGCACGGGCAAAAUAAACAUGAACAAAAACUGUGCACACUUGACAAUAAUGAUCACCUUCAUCAUAUGAAGAAUUAAACAACAUUCUCAGAUUACAUGGUUGCAUCUCAUCUGCCAAAAAGAAAUGGACUCUUGUUCGAACAUUCCUAUCAUUCUUUUUUGUACAUAAUAAAUUUAAUAUUUUGUUUAAAGGCAGAACUAUAGUUAUUUACAGCAGUGCUGGUAAGCCUAUAACUUAAAAUUGCUCGUUAUUAAUAGAGUUUGUAUUUACUCUUAGUUUGAAAUAUAUUUCGGUGCAAUCUAUUGGAACUAGGAUUUUGUGUGUCUCUUAUAUUUGUUUGCUUCACUGCGAAUUGGCUCAGUACCAUGUGUGUUCAUUUUGUGAAACAAAUCUUGAGAACUGGUAAAGGGAAAGCCUUUAGAAUUUCAAAAAGGUUUUACACCUUGAUAGCUUUUUCUUUAGGUGCAAGUACACAGGGUAUGAAGCCUGGUAAAUAUUGGUGCACAUCCAGGCUAAUUUACCAAAAUGUUAAUAAUACUAAUUCCAUUUGCCCAGCAAGUCUACAGUGAUUUUCCUUUGAAGGUAUUUGAAGCCUGAGUUGAACAUCCAAAGUUAUUAGCAUGGCAUUUGGCUUGAAUGAUUUGAAUUGACAAAUAACCAGUGCUAAAGGUUAUUGUAUCAUGUAACUGUAAGAUUCUAAUGUAUGUAAAUUCUAUUCUCAGCGUAUGAACUCAGAGAAAUUGUAUCUUUGUAAUCUGUACUUACAUCAGAAUAUGCCUCGAACUGUCAGAUAUCCACAGGCUCAUUUUUGAACUUGCUGACCAUGAGGUCAUGAUGUUAUUAAUUGCACAGCCAUGGCACAUGAUUUGAGUUAAAAAGAAGAAUUUUGUAAAUUGUACGAAUUGCAAUGAACAAGGAAUGAGCUAUACAGAUGUAUAGGUGGGUGCCUCAUAACGCUGGAGCUUGUGAGUAUUCUGUGGCUGUGCCACUUAUGUAAAUACUGGCUCAGGCUAAUUGAGGACCACACACAGGUCUGAACUUCAACCUUGUUCAUCUAAUUUUCCACACGUAAACUUGAUUAAAAGGUAAACAAAAUCUAUGAGAAAGUCAUGCUAAGGCAAAACACUGCGGAUGCUGGAAAUCUGAAAGAGAAACAGAAAGUGCUGCGAAUAUACAACAGGCCUGGCUGGAUCUGUGAAGAGAACAAAGGGUUAAUAUUUUAGGCCUGUGAUCUUUCAUCGGAACUAUUUAUGCAAAAAUAUUCUUUUCACAACUUUCAUUCUUACUUUAUUUAAUUACUUGGCGCUUGUCAAAAAUUUCUUAUGCAUAGUUACGGCACAGUUUGCUCAGUCACAUAGACCCUGUCAUACCAUUUUCCAGCAAAGAAUUAUUUGUAAUUGAUGCCCUUAUGGACUUAACAGUUCAUGUAUAUAACUGAAGCUGUUGUUAUGGUUGGAAGGCUGAGGGUGAGGGGGAGAUAGCAGGACCUUAUUUCAAAACCAAGUUCUCAGUCAUGAGUAAUUUUUAGGAAAAUACACAAUCACAAUGUGAUGACAAACAGAUGCAAUACUAAAUGAAUAUUGGAUUAAUGUAUUGGAUUCACCACUGUAGUUUUAUUUUCUUUUAUUUCUUCAAUAUAAAAAUUUAAACUCUCCUUCUCUCUAUUGCAAGCCAUCGGAGAUCUACAAGACGUUUCUGGAAUUUAUUUUUGCAUGUGCAAGUUCUGAUGCUCUUAUUAAAUAUAAUUUAUUGCGCUGUAUUGUGACAACAGGGAUGAGGAUAGCUGCUCAACCACUUGAUUUUUGUUAUGGCAUUACAUUGUAUAUUUUUAAUAAAUACGUAAAAAAAACUGUAUAGACUUACGACCCGCAACAGCUAUUUUUAAUACAUUAUGAAAUAGAGUGCAUUAUUUCACAAUAAAAUGUCAUUUUUCUGUAAACCAACGUCUUUGUAUC